AUGAUCAUAGGAGGUAGAACCUUUGUCGUAUCUGGAGGUGCUUCUGGCCUAGGCCGUGCGUGUGUUGAACAGAUCUAUCGCAAAGGCGGAAAUGUGGCUAUACUCGAUACGAACGAGGUAAUGGGAGCGAAUAUUGCUAUAGAUAUAGGACAAGAGAGAUCAAAAUUCUUUCCGACCGACGUAACAGACUCGGAGAGCAUAAAUUUUGCUCUUAAAGGAGUCGAGUCUUGGGUGCAACAAACUGGUAAAGCUAUUGGCGGCGUCAUUGCAGCUGCUGGAGUCUUUAAUCCUGCCAAAAUUAUUGACCAGGAUCUCAGCCCCUUACCUCUCGAGGCAUUUGACCACAUCAUGAACGUUAACGUUAGAGGUACGGUUGAUCUAAUUCGACAGAUGGUCCCGCAGAUGGCGCGAACGACUCCGAUGGGUGAGGAUGGCGAGCGGGGCAUCGUCAUCAUGGUCUCUUCCUCAGCAGCUUUUGAUGGACAGCCUGGCCAAGUUGCAUAUUCGGCUUCUAAGGGUGCAAUUGCAAGUUUGACACUGCCGUUGACAAGAGAUCUGGCGCGUUGGGGAAUCCGUGUUACAACCAUUGCGCCGAGUCUCUUUGAAUCUGGCAUGACUGCUGGUAUGAAUGAAAAAGUUCGGAAGAGCUUGAUGAAGGCUAUGGAAUUUCCCAUGAGACCUGGAAAACCGCAUGAGUUUGCAACCUUGGUAGUUCAAUGUAUUGAGAAUAUUAUGCUUAAUGGUGUAGUCAUUAGGUUGGAUGGAGGCAUGAGGAUGCCUAGCAAGAUGUGA